AAGCGCGCUGUGCGGCGACGCCGUCGACGACCACGACCUCCUCUUUCUUGUCUCUCUCUCUUUCUCGUUUUUCUCGGCGUCGUUGGACUAUCUCUUUUCACGGCUUAAUAUGAAGAUCUUUUCGCUCUCUGUCGUCCUUGCGCCACCCCACCAGGCCUCGACGCUCCUCAGCAAUGCCACGGACCUCUCCACGUUCUCGUUCUACCAGAAGGGCUCCGUCAGCGAGUUUCUGACAUUCUUCUCCAAGACGAUUGCGGAGCGCACGCCGCAGGGCCAGCGGCAGAGCGUGCAGGAGAACAACUACACCGCGCAUGUCUACAACCGAGGUGGGGCGGAGCAGCUCGCCGCCGUCAUCAUCACCGACCACGAAUACCCCGUCCGCCCAGCGUUCUCGCUGCUCGCAAAGUUGCUGGACGACUUCACGGCCCAGAUACCCCAGACGUCGUUCUCGAACCCGUCCGCGAUCAGCUUCCCGGAGAUCCACAGCUACCUGCAGAAGUUCCAGGACCCACGGCAGGCAGACGCGAUCAUGCGCGUGCAGCAGGAGCUCGACGAGACCAAGAUCGUGCUGCACAAGACGAUCGAGUCCGUGCUCGAGCGCGGCGAGAAGCUGAACGACCUCGUAGACCGGUCGAACGCGCUUUCGGCACAAAGCAAGAUGUUCUACAAGACGGCGAAAAAGCAAAACUCGUGCUGUGUGCUGAUGUAGAUUUCGGCAAGGGAUGUGCUGACGGACAUCAUGAUGUUUUGCUGCGCGUGGCACGCAAGCGAUGUCUCUCUGGGGUCCUUUGUCCCAGUACCUAGGUUAUAUUCACGUUGUGCUUCCAUGCCGAAGCGUUGCGAUGGUGUCCACAGAUGCGCGCAGCACAAGUAUC